GGUCGAAAUUGGAUACAACACAAAUUUAAGGGGUCUUUUUGUAACUUGCUAAAAUAAUUACAUAUGAGAAACAUGUAAUUGGGUCACUUGUCUUCUCCAAUCGAAUCUCACGCACUUUCUCUCUCACCUGAAAAAAAUGGCGAUGUGGGUAUUCGGGUACGGAUCUCUAAUUUGGAAAACGGGUUUUCCUUUCGACGAUCGCCUUCCUGGUUUCAUCAAAAACUAUCGCCGUGUUUUUCACCAAGGUAGUACUGAUCAUAGAGGAACUCCUGAAUUUCCGGGAAGAACAGUGACAUUAGAGCCUGCAGAUGGAGAAAUCUGUUGGGGAGUUGCUUACAAGAUAACCAAAGAGGAAGACAAAAGAGAUGCUUUAACACAUUUAGAAGUGAGGGAGAAGCAAUAUGAUCAGAAAGAGUAUCUUGAUUUCUUCACAGACAUUAAUGAUUCAGAACCGGCUGUAUCAGGAGUAAUGGUGUACAUAGCUUCACCUGACAAGAAGAGCAACAAGAAUUACUUAGGACCAGCUCCUCUUGAAGACAUCGCUAAACAGAUAGAUAAAGCGGAAGGACCUUCAGGGCCAAACAGAGACUAUCUGUUCCACCUUGAAACGGCUCUCGUUCAACUCGGGUUUAAAGAUAAACAUGUCACAGAUCUUGCUACACAAGUUAGGCUCAUUCUAGCAGAGACACAGGAAGAUGACACUAUUGACGUCUAGAUUUGCAAUUUCUUUUUCAAUUGAUCCUAAUUCCGAAAAGAAUAAAAAAUCCUAUUGAUAAGAGAUGCUAAUUCAAUGUGUUAUCACUAUUAAUCAAACUAUAUUAUUUUUUCUUACUUUUGAUCAUAUCAAGGGAUGCGUAUAAAUAAAGGUUUAUUCAGUGAUUCAGAAUAUGAUUCCUCUAUGAUGUUGUAGAAUCUGUGAAUCUUACUCUAUUCACUGUAAUUAUA